AUGAGUCUUGACUACCGGCAAAAGGGGUUUGACGCCCUCGACGACGGCGACUACCCGGCGGCGAUCAACCACUUCACCAACGCUUUGCGCAACAACCACGAGUCCGUGCUUCACCUGGCACGUGCCAAAUGCUACUACCUAAACGCCUGUGGCCGUGGCGAGCCCGAAGCUAUCUCCAAUCAGGCGUGGAAGAAGAUUGAGGCCGACUGUGUGGCUGCUCUUGAAUAUGACCCUCAGAACUAUGAGGCUCAGUACUACCAGGGUCUCCAUAGCUUAUACCAGGAGCACGAUUAUCCUAAAGCUGUGAAACAGCUUGAUUCGGCAUUAAGAGCGCUGAUGACAGCUCCUAAGAGAUUCCGCAAUUGUGAGAAGCCCCUGAAAAUCCAUGAGGCUCUUAAUGACGCUAAAGAAUACCUCAAAAGGUCACAGGAAGAUGCAGUGGUGGCCAAAAGAGUACCCCUUUACUCUAAGCUCGCUCGCUUACUACAACAGGACUACCAGGACCAGAUCGAUACCGUGCGGCGCAAGGACGUCAACGACGACAUCCGCCAGUACAAGUUGACCCAGUUGGCGAUGCAGUACCGCGAAGACAGCCAAGACCUCCACACGAUGUUUGCCAGCGGGUUUGGCUACACCGCCAGACAAAAGGUUGAGGUUCCUGACUGUUUCAUCGACCGUAUUACCGAAGAGAUAUUCCACGACCCUGUGUGCACGCCGCUGGGAGUCAGUUACGAGCGGCUGCUGUUGUUUAAGCACAUUGAGCAGAACGGGCUCGACCCGUUGACGAGACAUAAACUUACGAAAGACCAGUGCUACCCCAACGUUGAGCUCAGAAAGGCUGUCGAACAAUGGCGCAAGGAACACGAACCUGAUAUCUAG